AUGUCUGCAGGUAGCUUGGACCUUGCAGAGGGAAAUGCCCUGACAAAGUUACAGCCUACAAAAGUGAACAAUUUAAGUAUGAUGGACAAAAAACUGAAUCUCUUGAAUGAAAAGAUGGACAAACUGUUGCAUUUCCAAGAAGAUCUGACAGGCAAACUGCAGCGAGUUAACAAAGGCAUUGAUGAUGUAGAAAAAGGCAUUAACAAGCUCACAGUAUCCCGAGCAGCUCCUGAUGAGACAGAUGCAAUGAAAAAAGGCCUAAAGGUUUCAGAGAGCACUCACCAGCCUGAUAUCCAGAGCAUAUGCUCGGAAGUGUUGAAAUUGAUGAAAGCUGCUCAGCUAGAUGCCUCGAAGCAUAAGGAGAGGUUGGCAAAGAUAGAGAAAAGGGUUGAUGCACUGGAUAAAGUUAUUACAUUCGUGGGAGAAGUAUUAAAAAAUUCUAAAGUAGUGGAUUUUAUUCUCAAAGGCAUUGUGCCCUGGAAGAAGGGGAGUCUGCUGGAAAUCCUGGUUGAGGCCAAAGAUAAGCCUGAGGAGAGUGGUGCAAAACCUAAGCAUGUGCUUAGUAGCAGAGGAACCCAAACUGAAAGCAAGAAGCCUCUGGAAGAGACAAAAAGUGGGAAAAAGCUGGAUGAAAACAAGGGAGCAUGUGAGAAGGUGAAUGCUUCUAGUGCUGGAGCCCACAAAGCUGACUCCAGACCCCAAGCUAAAGAGAGGACGGUGCAGCAGCAAGCAGUAGAAGAUCAUGUAGGCAACCAAAAUGUUCCUUCUAAAGCACACGAUAAGGACAGUGUCCCACACCUGGAUGAGUGCCACAGGCAGCUUGUUCGUCAGAAACUCAGAGAGAAUGAAAACAAACCUCCAUCGUCAAGUGCGGCAUCCCGGGAAGCUGUGCCCUCCACAUCCCAGGCUAUAUCUGACACCGGCUGUGAAGUGACACAUACCAGGAUAUCCAUCAAUGUACAUAUGACUGAAACGAAAGAAAAGAUUGAGAAGACCAAGGAAGGAAACUUAAAUGAUCACAGAAGUAAAAGUCCCAAAGUAAAAUCCCCAUCCUCCACACCAGCAGAAGUGGAAGGAGUCAAACAGCUGCCUGACAAAUUAAAACUUCAACAGAGUCCUAAAAACAUCAGCUCUGAGCCAAAACAAGAAGUGAAAGGGGACAAUAAGCGAAAUGAACUUGCACCUCAAACAGGGAAGCAACAGCCAUUACUGAGCAAGCCCAAACCAGGUAAAAAGGCUGAAGAGAAAUCAGAAUUAAAAUGCAAGCCCAUAACCUCACAGAAUACCUCUGCAAAGGAGCCUACGAAAGAUCUGGGGGUAGAAAUGAAAAUCCAUCAAGAAGCAGCAAAAGCAGAAGAAUCCCCGACAGAUACCAACUCUGAGAGGAGAGAAUCUGAGUCUGCAUCUUCAGGGGGAAGUGAAAAUGAUGCUCGUCAGUGUACAGGAAUGGCACCAGAGAAGACUAAGUCAUUGAAAGCUAGCAAAGAGCUUCCCACAGAGGAUGAAAUGAUCAUCGAUGACAGCCCUUCUCCUCCGGCUCCUUUUGAACAUCGCAUAGUGAGUGUCAAGCAAACAGAGGUUACAACGUGCUACUUGGUGUGUCGUCAUGAAGUACUGGGGGGGGGGCGUUUUGGGCAAGUUCACAAGUGCACGGAAAUAUCAACUGGUCUCAACCUGGCAGCCAAAAUCAUAAAAGUGAAAGGAGCAAAAGAGAGGGAGGAAGUAAAAAAUGAAAUUAACGUCAUGAACCAAUUAAAUCACGUGAAUCUGAUCCAGCUUUAUGAUGCUUUUGAAGCCAAAAAUAAUAUCACUCUGAUCAUGGAAUAUCUUGAUGGUGGUGAAUUAUUUGACCGGAUCACAGAUGAAAACUACAAUCUAACUGAGUUGGAUGCAAUCCUAUUUACCAAACAGAUUUGUGAAGGAGUCCACUACUUGCACCAGCAUUAUAUUCUCCAUUUAGAUCUGAAGCCUGAAAACAUACUAUGUGUAAAUCACACAGGAAACCAGAUUAAAAUUAUUGACUUUGGAUUAGCAAGGAGGUACAAACCUCGUGAGAAACUGAAGGUUAAUUUUGGAACUCCAGAGUUCUUGGCUCCUGAAGUGGUGAACUAUGACUUUGUUUCCUUCCCAACAGACAUGUGGAGUGUAGGCGUCAUCACAUACAUGUUGCUUAGUGGCCUGUCCCCAUUCCUGGGAGAAACUGAUGCAGAGACCAUGAAUUAUGUAGUCAAUUGCAGCUGGGAUUUUGAUGCAGAAGCAUUUGAACAGCUAUCGGAGGAAGCUAAAGACUUUAUUUCCAGACUACUUGUGAAGGAGAAAAGCUGCCGGAUGAGUGCAACACAGUGUCUGAAGCAUGAGUGGUUAAACAAUCUACCUGCCAAAGCCAAGAAGUCCAAGCUUCGCCUGAAGUCCCAGUUGUUGCUGCAGAGUUACAUGGCUCACAGAAAAUGGAAGAAACAUUUUUAUGUGGUGGCUGCUGCUAACAGGCUGAAGAGAUUUCCGAGUAUGUCUGUCAAGCUUGCAUAAGCUUGUAUGAAGCAUCUGCCAUUCUCGAGAUGGACAUGAAGCCAUGGAAGAAGGACUCAGUAUCUUCAAUAAUUUCUACCCCUUUGUUUUAUAACAUAAGGUUUUGGGUCUGUCCUCCUCAAAUAUUAUGUGUGUUAGUGCUAAGGUUCCAGAAGUGCCUCAAGGAAAAGGCACUGUAAUAAUUUCUAAAAGCAGAAGCUGCCUUGUUUGUUUUUACAAGUUUUUAGUUGUUGUAUAUAGUGAUGGAAAAACAUG